CCAGCGUGCUUCACUCACAGCAUUGAGCGUGUGACGGUGUUGUGGUUCACUUCGUAGCCGAUGCGCGUUGUCCGCCGACAUGACCGAGACCAAAGCAGAGAACGCGGCGCAGCCGGCCAAGGAGCUGCUGGCGCUGAACCCGCAGCAGGAGACCGAGUUCAAGAAGAAGGUGCAGGAGGUGAAGAAGAACAAGACGACCAAGGGGAGUCGUUUGACCCCAGGAGUGGUCUACGUGGGCCACCUGCCGCUGGGCCUGUACGAGCCCCAGAUCAAAUCCUACUUUGAACAGUUUGGGAAGGUGCUGAGGCUGCGGCUGUCCAGGAGCAAAAAGACAGGGGGAAGUAAAGGCUACGCGUUUGUAGAGUACGACUGUGAUGAAGUAGCAAAGAUUGUGGCCGAGACCAUGAACAACUACCUCAUGGGAGAGAGACUCAUCAAAUGUCAUGUGCUGCCACCGGAGAAAGUGCACGAGAAGCUGUUUGUCGGCUCUCAGAGGCUUUUUAAAAAACCCUCAAAACCGGCUGUUCAACGCUACAACCAGAGCCGCACGGCCGAGGAGCUCGAGAAGAUGAAAGACAAACUCCUGCGCAAAGAAACGAAGCUCCGCAAGAGGCUCGCAGCACACGGCAUCGAAUACGACUUCCCGGGAUUCGCUGCCCAGGUGCCUCUGAAGAAGAAGCUCUCCGACUCCAUGAACGCAUCUACGUGUAGUGACAUCACACCACUCUGCACCCCCUCACUCCUGGCGAGGAGGAAGUCCAUGGUCGUCAACGAUGACGACGUGGAUGACGAGAUCGUCUUCAAGAUUCCACUUGCAGACAAAGAUGAAGAGAGCUCCUCAGAGGAAGAGGAGGAGGCGGCGGCAGAUAAAGACGGCGAUGAAGACAAUGACUCAGAGAGCGAUGGACCCUCUGAAGAGGUCACGGAGGAGAAGUGAAAGUUCUCCCCUGUUUUGUUGUGGACUUGAGCGGAGAUGGCGCAAAUCAAAGAUUAUUAUCUUUGAGAGUGACGGGGCAACUUUGAACUGUGUUCACAAAUCAGUGUGUCUUUCUACAGUCUAGAAAGAAUCUCUUCUGAAAGAGUCCACUGUCAUUGUGAGUAGAUUGUGAGCGUCAUAAAAUCUGUUCACGCAAUCAUCAAGAGCCUGAGGUGUGGGAAGCGGCUGUAAAUGGACUGGUCAGAUAAAGACUGUUUUCUGUGUCAGUCUUAGAGUUUGACUGUUUGAACAUUGUUUUGCUUUGUAACCACACUUGUACACGAAUUCUAUGGUCUUUAAUAAUAAAUAAUGUAAAAGAAUAGUUAUCGUAAGUUCUGGAUAUGUCUGUUUAUGUGACUGAAGAGGAAACUACUCUACACACUGGCAGCAAAAUGGAAAGGAAAUGUCUAAUUAGUCAAAUGAGUGAUGGCUGCUUGAGCUCUUGGGUCCUGUUGUUGUACAUGCUGGCUCUGUGUCAUUGGGAAACUUAUAGAAUAGAAAAUCUUGAAUAUUCUUGGUAACGUCUGUGCUUUAGCUGGUGUGACAGGUUUAAGUGUCAUUCACUGCACACAGUGUUUGUAUGUAAUUACCUCCAGACAAGGUAAUGAAAUAAAGUAUUUUCUUCACAACCAACUGAACGAUAUUGCAGCUGUUACCCCUUUUUAAAAUAUACAACUCUUUCAUUUUUAUAGGUAUAUGAUCAUGGACAGUAAAAUGGGCAAUUCAUGAACAUAAAUCAUAUUUUAACUGAAGUACAGACUGAGUGAACCAUUGAUAAUAUAACUUAAAAAAGAGACAACAGGCUGGUGCACUUAAUACUGUGUCAGGAAUGAUGAUGCAAAACAAAUAUAUCAUCUGUAAUGUCACUUCAGAGAAUAAAGACCUUACUGCUC